UCUUGUGUCAUUUUUUUGUUUGGGGGGGUUGCAAGUGUGUGUAUGUGUGUGUGUGUUUCUGUGAGUGUUUUUUAAGGACAGGAGCAGUGCGUGUUUGUGGCCCUUGCAGGACAGAGGACUGAUAACUCUCCAGGAUGCAUCAGCUGACAGUGUUGACCUUGGUGCUGGUGGCUCUCUGCUCUUUAAGGAGCGUGGAUUCUUCAGCAUACGACAAGAUAGUCACACACAGCCGCAUACGGGCCAGGAAGGAAGGACCCAAUGUGUGUGCUCUGCAGCAGGUCCUGGGGACUAACAAGAAGUACUUCAGCACAUGUAGGAACUGGUACAAAGGCACCAUCUGUGGAAAGAAGGCUGUGGUCCUUUAUGAGUGCUGUCCUGGGUACAUGAAGCUGGAGGGCAUGAAAGGAUGCCCUGCAGUGGCUCCCAUCGACCAUGUGUAUGGUACUCUCGGGCUCGUAAAGGCUACAACAACACAGCAAUACACUGACAUGUCCAAGCUGAGAGAGGAAAUUGAAGGCAAAGGUUCCUUCACCAUGUUUGCACCCAGCAAUGAAGCCUGGGAUCAGCUGGCACCUGAAAUGCGGUCUGCACUGGAGAGCAAUGUAAACAUCGAGCUGUACAACGCACUUCACUUCCACAUGGUGAACCGUCGAUUUCUAACCAAAGACCUGAAGAACGACAUCACUGUCACCUCCAUGUACAACGAUCUGGGGCUCUACAUCAACCACUACUCAAAUGGGAUCGUAACAGUGAACUGUGCCAGGAUCAUUCAUGGUAACCAAGUUGCAACCAACGGUGUGGUGCAUGUUAUUGACCGGGUCAUCGGCUUUGUGAGCAACACCAUCAAGGGCGUCCUGGAUGUCAACGAUGACCUCUCCUCCUUCAGUGCUGCAGCGUUGGCGUCUGGUAUGAUGGACAAACUUGACCAGCCAGGACACUACACUUUGUUUGCCCCAACUAAUGACGCCUUUGACAAACUAGCCCCGGGUCACCUGGAGCGCAUCAUGGGAGACAAGGAUGUAAUUGCAGCUUUGGUGAACUACCACCUGCUCAACAGUGUGCAAUGCUCUGAGGCAAUCAUGAGUGGGACCACAUAUGAGACGGCAGAAGGCAGCACCAUAGAGAUCGGCUGUGAUGGCGACAGUCUGACGGUCAACGGUAUCAAGAUGGUGCUGAAGAAGGACAUCGUCACAACCAACGGUGUUAUCCACCUCAUCGAUAGAGUGCUCAUCCCCGACUCAGCCAAGGAGGUCAUGGAGUUGGUGGGAGAAACCCAGAGCACCUUCAGCGACAUGGUGUCUGAGUUGGGAUUAGCCGCCGUUUUGGGUCCGAAGAGAGAGUACACACUACUGGCUCCUGUCAACACUGCAUUCACAAAGGAGGUGAUGUCCACAGAUCAAAGCUUUUUGAAAUACAUUUUGGAAAACCACAUCCUCAAGUUAAAAAUCACACUGAAUGAACUCUACAACGGACAGCUGCUGGAAACAUUGGCCGGCAAACUGCUCAGAGUCUUCAUUUACCGCACGGCUGUGUGCAUAGAAAAUGCCUGUAUGAUGCGUGGAGGUAAAGAGGGAAGUAACGGAGCGCUCCAUGUGAUGAAGUCACUCAUCACACCUGCUGAGAAAACCAUCUACCAGCUUCUGGUCGUUGACGGACGCUUCAAGAUUUUCCUGUCACUGAUGGAGACAGCAGGUCUGACUGAUCUGCUCAAGCAGGAGGGCUCCUACACCAUCUUCGCACCCACUGACGAUGCCUUUGAGGGCCUCUCUAGAGAAGACCUCACUCUGCUCAAAAGUGAUCUGAAUGCUCUGAGGGUCAUUCUGCUGUACCACUUCAGUAAUGGCGUCUUCAUUAAUGGAGGAUUAGAAGGGGGAGUCACCAAUCUGCUUAAAACCAUCCAGGGAAACAACCUGCAAGUCAUGUCUGUUAAUAACUCUAUUCUUGUCAACUCCGUGGGGGUUCCAGACAGUGACCUGAUGGCAACAAAUGGUGUGAUCCAUGUGGUGAAGAAUGUUCUCUAUCCUGCUGACCUUCCUGUGGGCCGCCAGGACCUCCUGGUUCUCCUGAAGAAGCUGAUUAAAUACAUCCAGAUUAAGUUUGUUUCUGGAUUUUCUUAUUCUGAGAUCCCACUCACCUUCAUCAUCUCCGAUACAACAAAGGUGACCAGAGUGAUUGAAGGAGAACCGUCCAUCACCACGAGAGUCAUUGAAGGUGGAGAUCUUAAUGUUGAUGCAGAGAGAAUAGCAGAUGAGAUUACCAGGGUUGUCCAGGGCGACCCCUCCAAAACAGAGGUAACCAGGGUCAUCCAGGGUGACCCUUCCUUUAAAAAGGUUACCAGGGUCAUCAAGGGCAAGCCUUCACAACCUACAGUAACCAGGGUGAUUGAUGGACAGUCUUCUACCAAAGUCACGAGAGUCAUUGAAGGCGGAGAUCUUAAUGUUGGAAGGAGAGUAGCAGGUGGAGCCAGAUUCACUGCAGGGAGCGAACCUCAUAUCAUUGAGGUCCCGGACCUCACAGGAAUCACCACUAUCCAUGGCAAUCCUAAUCUGAUUGAUGAGGAAUCAGAGAGGAUUACCAAAAUCAUUCAAGAGGGAGGAAAAUUCGCUGCUGCCAGGAAAGCUCCAGCUGGAAUAAGAAGGAAAGCAAGGCUGGUCAGGCGUCACCACAAGACAAGGCAGUAAAUCCAGAGAGAAAACACCUUUGGGCUCACCGCAAAGACUGAAUGCAUCUCCUGUGCUCUUGGUCAAGCCCAGGAGGAUAGAAAAACUGUGGACCAAUAGAGAGAGACAAGAUCCAUCUGUAUUUCUUUGGCCAAACCAAACAAUUGGAAUGAUUGUUUAUUAUUCCAUCUGGAAUAUUCUGUAUGCGAUAGGCAUGGUGUGUAAUAACAAUGCAAUAUAAGAAAAACUUCAAGUACAUAACCUAAGUGUGCAAGGGAAAUAUUCAUGGGGUAGAUGGUGUGAGAUGUAUUCUACCAACUUUUUUGUAAAGUUUUUCUUUUCUUUAGAAAUGUUACUUUGUUAACAGAUUACUUUGGAUGAUUUUUGUAUGAUUUCUAUUGUGCUCGCAUUCUGUGCGAUUGAUGAAUACUAAUGAUUACGACAAAUGAUACAGUGUCAGUGUUUUACAACCAUUAGAUACUGUGCUGUACCUCUGUAAAUUAUCUCAUGAUCAUUAAAGAUACAGUACAUUUUUAUAAAGUUUCAGUUAUUCUUUCACAUUUAUUUACUGACUCCAUUAAACAAAAAGGUUUUACGCUGUUGAAGGUGA